AUGGCGGACACGCACUUCUUCGCAGAAUCCAAUGUCCUGGACGACCCCAGGGAGGAGACCACCAACUCCUACAAAGAAAUCAAAUACGAUUUGCUCCGCAUAGAAAGGAAUAUCAACAUAGAGGUACGCAAAAGGAUCGAAGCAAAUAAAAAUAUCCAACAGUUAAUCGAGCAAACAGCUAAUGACAUGAUCAAUAACGUACUUAACAAAAUAACAAAUAAAAUAGAAAAUAUUUCAUCGGAUUUGGAUAAAAUUAUAAAAAAAUGUGACGAGAUGGAAAAACUUGUUGGACAAAUAAAGGUAACAUUACCUACGAAAAUACAAACAGAAAUGAUGAGCUUGAAGAGGGAGGUGUCCGAUUUUUUUAUCAUUCUUAACAAGUACGCCAAUAACAGGAAGAAGCGAAAUAAUGUGCUGUUUACGAAGAUGGAAAAUAUGAAUGCGUACAUGAGCAAUAAAAUACAGAGCGAAGUUUCCUUUAGGGAGGAGGACUUUCUUUUUUUUCGAAGAGAGAGUGCCAAGCUGCUUGUUUCUGACUCGGAUGAUGAGCAGGCCUUCAAGGAUGCCUUUCUGCAGGAGGUGGAAGAAAUUCGGGACGCCCUCGCCCUCACCGUCAAGGCGCGCGAGCAGUCCGACGACGACAUCAUCCAGGCGAUGAACAAAUACACGAGUGUCCUACAGAAGGCGCUGCAGUCCGUCAUCACGAACAGUCACUAA